GGUGAAAGAGCGAACGAGCCGAGGAGCAGCACAAGGAUCAGCCACUCUCAGCUGGUGCUUCAGCCCUCUAAACAGCAUUCAGUGAAUACAUCUCCCUUUAUAGUGUUCUGCGACGCAGAGACUCCGCUUGUGCUUUGGCUUAACGGAGGUCUCCGCAUCUGUCUGAAGCGGAGUUUCACAUUCAUGCCCAAACGAUUGGCGUUAAAUCUUUAAUUGUGCAUCACUGGACAGGAUGGAGCAUUGGAGACAGUGUGCGUUAUGGCUGAUCAAUUGUAAGGUGCUCCCGCCGAACCAUCGAGUGACAUGGGAGUCCGCGCAGGUGUUCGACCUGGCACAGACCCUGCGGGAUGGGGUCCUCCUGUGCCAGCUCCUAAACAACCUAAGACCCCAGUCCAUCAACCUGAGGGAGAUCAACCUAAGACCACAGAUGUCACAGUUUCUCUGCUUGAAGAACAUCAGGACAUUUUUGCACGUCUGCUCAGAAAUAUUCGGCAUGAAGAAAAGCGAACUGUUUGAGGCUUUUGAUUUAUUUGAUGUACGGGACUUUGGAAAGGUAAUGGACACAUUGUCCAAGCUCUCACAUACUUAUAUUGCACAGCAAACUGGAAUAAGGCCAUUUCCAACAGAAGAAAGUGUUGAAGAUGAAGACAUUUAUAACCAUCUUGAGGAUCUGAUAGAUGAGAAUGGCGUUGAAGAUGAGGAAGAUCUUUACGACUGCGUGUAUGAUGAUGAUGAAGGUGGAGAGGUGUAUGAAGACUUGAUGAAGGUUGAGCUGGUAGCACCACAGAAACAGGCUGAGACAGAUAUCAGGAGCUGCUGUCUGAUGGAAAUUAAACAGACAGAGGAGAAAUAUACUGAAACUCUGGACUCCAUAGAGAAAUUCUUUAUGAAGCCUCUGGGACAGUCACUGUCUAGUGUGGAGAUUGAAAAAGUGUUUAUCAAUAUUCCAGACCUUGUAAAAGUGCACACAAGUCUUCUGAAGGAGGUCCAGGAUUCUGUGCUUCAACAUAAAGCUAGUAACCUGUACCAGAUCUUCAUAAUGUACAAAGAGAGAUUUGUCCUGUAUGGAAAAUACUGCAGUCAAGUGGAGUUAGCCAUUGCGUGUUUAGAUGACAUUUGUAAGAACAGAGAGGAUGUCCGGCAGAUGUUAGAGUUGUGUUCCAAGCGAGCCAAUAAUGGGAAGUUUACUCUGAGAGAUCUGUUGGUUGUUCCAAUGCAGAGAGUUCUUAAGUAUCACCUGCUUCUACAGGAACUGGUAAAACACACCCAUGAUGCCACAGAAAAGAGCAAUUUACGCCAAGCUCUGGACGCAAUGAAGGAUCUGGCCCAGUAUGUCAAUGAGGUGAAGAGAGACAUCGAGACUCUGCGGGACAUCGACCAGUACCAGAAAUCUAUAGAAAACCUUAAUCAGUCUCUCCGUAACUAUGGGAGACCGAAAGGUGACAGCGAAGUGCGAGUAACUUCAGUCGACAAACGAGCCAAACAAGACAGGCACAUCUUCUUGUUUGACGCAGCUGUGAUCGUAUGCAAACGUCGGGGAGACAACUACGAGAUGAAGGAAGUGAUCGACCUCCACUCGUUCAAAAUCACCAACAACCCGACCUCUGACAGAGAAAACAGAAAGUGGUCUCACGGAUUCUACCUCACACACAACCAGGGUCAGACCGGCUUUGAGUUCUUCUUCAAGACCAAAGAGCUAAAAAAGAAAUGGUUGGACCAGUUCGGCAUGGCCUUAUCGAACAUCUGUCCUGAGAGUGGGAAAAGUAAUUUCCACGAGUUCCGCAUGCAUACCUUCGAGACGACCACAUCCUGCAGCUCGUGUAAAAUGUUGCUGAGAGGUGUCUUCUAUCAAGGGUACCGCUGUUCCAAAUGUGGUGUGGGUGCCCAUAAAGAGUGUCUUGGCAGAGUGGAUGUUUGUGUCAAAAGCACUGAUUCAAGCUCUUUCGGAUCACAGAUUGGAAAAACACCUAGUCGCGGAGGUGACGCAGGUUUGCCUAAAAUGCUGGUAAUUCGUAAUUAUUAUGGGAUUCCAAGCCCACUGUGCGGCCCGCCACUCAACAUCAGGGUUGGUGAUGUCAUCGAGCUGAUCGAAGCGAACAUCCGCAGCUGUUGGUGGAAGGGCAAAGUCCUGGCAAAGGACUUUAAAGAGGGUAAAGAGGUUGGCUUCUUUCCAAGCGACGCAGUGAAGCCUUGCCCAUGUGUACCGAAACCUGUUGACUAUUCUUCCCAGCCUUGGUUUGCAGGCCCAAUGGAGAGGCUGCAGGCAGAGGCCACACUGCUAAACAGGCAGAGCAGCACGUACCUGGUGCGUCACAGGAGUCGAGAGUUUAACGAGUACGCCAUCAGCAUCAAGUACAACAACGACGUGAAACACAUCAAGAUCUUAACAAAGGAGGGAUCCUUUCACAUUGCGGAAAACAAGAAGUUCGGAAGCAUUUUGGAGCUGAUUGAGUAUUACAAACAUCACUCUUUGCGUGAAGGAUUCAGGACACUUGAUACCACACUGGAGUUUGCCUACAGAGAGCCGGAGAAUGGAGCCAACAUGUUCACUCCUAAGGUGAUUGGUGUGGCGAUCGCCCGUUACGACUUCAGCUCCAGGGACAUGCGGGAACUGUCCUUGCAGGAGGGCGACGUGGUGAAAAUCUACAGCAAAACUGGAGCCAAUGGCUGGUGGAGGGGCGAAGUCAACGGCCGGGUGGGUUGGUUCCCCUCCACAUACGUAGAGGAGGGCGAGGAGUGAAUGGCCGAACAGUUGUGCACAAGAGAAAGGCAAUAGAGCGAAUAGAAGAGAGGGCGGAAACGGACUGCGUUUGACUGGACUGAGCUUGAGCAAAGCUGCAGAGUCAAAAAGUGCAACCAAUUAGCCAGUGCUCUAGCUUGCUCUCUCUCUGUCUUGGUUCUCUAUCCUGGAGCUAAACUGGAAGGCGGCGGAGGACAUGCAUGGGGUUUGAUAGAUGAAGGACUGUCUCUCAGAGAGCAGAUUAUCAAACACAACCCUGGACCCGUCUCUUCGACUAGACUGCAUCUUACAACCCACUUCUGGGCGACUCUGGACGGUGCGCCAUGGGUGAAUUUGGGCCUUUGCAUGCCGGGAAUCCUGUUCCGGUGAGCUGGGACACACAGAAUUGGACUGAGAUUGCACUCUGAGCUAUUUAUAUAUGUUGUGUGUAUGUGUGUGACUGUUGUGGAGGGCGUCUGCUCACAGAGAAACAUGUUUGUCCUGACCUUGCCCAAGUCCUCCUUACCUGCACUAUUAUUGAUGACACCCUCCCCCUUCCUCGUCUCUAUGCUGCCCCUGGAGGUAUUCUCACACUGACCUCGCCCUACCAUCCAGCUAUUCAUCUCAGAUUAAGAUCAUAGCUCCCUGACAAGAAGGGCCAUGUAGGUGCAUAAGCACUGUGGUAAUUGAUUGCUAUCUUUUUCCUGUUUCCUUCCUACAAAAUAUCUUAUUUUCAGAUUUCUGCUCACAAGGAAUGCCUAGUUGUUGUUUUUUUGUUUGUGCUUAUCUCGGGAGAUGUAUUGUGGGGUUGUCACACCCUGUUUAUCUGAUUUGCGUGUUACCGUAUUGUCGGGGAGAUGUUGGCACCAGCCAAGUGGAUGACAGGAAACAAAAAGGAUUGACAGGCCUGUAAACAGCUUUUUCAGCAGGGAAGCAUUGUGUUGCUCCUAACAGAAGGGAUCUUAUUAGACAGCACAGGCAGCGAUUUUUUCAAUCAACUAAUGAGGGGGAUUUACACACAUUUGUGGGAAAAAUUGACACUUUGAAAAACAAUGAACCAGAUAAUUCUGUUUUGAAAACACCCAGUGGAUCAGAAGACUUGUAAAUCUCUUGUGAUGUACUAACUAGUGGUCGACCGAUAUGGGUUUUUCAAUGACCGAUGCUGAUACCAAUAUCUAGAGAGAGAGUGCAGGGUGGCUGAUAUAAUGUUGAUAUCCACAGUUUUCCUGAACAACCAAUGGGCGGUGCCAUGAUAAUUAUGAUUACCGCUGGGCUGUUUUCUGGUUCCGGUCUCCAUAGGAAGCAAUAAAAAAACUACUGAAACAAGCGAUUCAGAUGGAGAACAACAACAAUUUUAAGUGGUAGUUGGAGUAAAAAUUAGUUCAGUCUUAACUUGUGCAGCUGUUGGCUGUCAUAACAACUUGAAGUAGUCGUCAUCAAACUUUGAUGGGUGAUGCACUGUCAAGAGAUGGUCAUUGUGACUCUGUAAAGUACUGGCACGUUUUGUUUUUGUUUUAUUUGGUAAUUUUUUACAAAUUUAAAUUUCUUUAAGAAUUUAAUACGCUAAACAUCAUAUUAUCUGCUUAAAAAUACACUUUUCUGAGUGAUUUUUGCAAUGACUGUCAGCCGAGCCAUUACAGCAUAUCGGUCUAUCACUAGUGUAAACGGACAUCACCAGAGAAGAACCCUCUUGUCCAAAGGUUAGUGAGUCAUGCAGUACUAAAGAUUGCACUGUACUGGUAAAUAAGAGACAUGAGAUGUGUUGAAAUGCUAUUUUAACUUCCUGCAUCACUGGAAUCACCUUGUUCUCAAAUGUAGCUGUGGAACUCAUUUACGCAAGAUUUCCCAGAGCUGUAAUGAACUAGGUGGAUGCUUUUCCUACCUGCAGCUAAACAUAGAUAUGUGUGAAAUAUGAACGGGCUCUAAGCUGAUAAAAUGUGAUAAAAAUGUACGUUUUCAGUGUGUUUAGACUGUAUUGAGGUGAUAGACUCUUCAAUAGGAAAAAAGGUUAUAUCAGGAAACAGUCAAACUGCUAGUUUGUCUCAAAUGUUUAGAUAAAAGUGCUCUCUCAAAGAAUAUAUAUUUAUUUGUGAUCUAAGCAGAGACUGACAGGAAAAGAUAUUCACAGUCUCAGCAUCUUUUAUCAAGGAAAACAGGCAAAUGUGAAUCUGAAUAGCUACAGCCCAUACAAAGCCAGUAGAGGAAAGCCACUAAACACAAAAACCGAAAUAUGUGCCCAUAAACCAGUCCAAUGCAAUGCGUCUCUAUUUAUAACUGGCUUUUCUAACAUCACAUUAACCAGUGCUUUGAUUUAACGCAAGGAUAGACAUUUUAUCAAUACUUGUCAUGUUCCUCUUUUUAGCUUUUUUUUGUUUUGUUUUGUUUUUUUAAAGAGUUACAAAUGUAUUGUAAAACUGUCAGAAGUUGCCUGCUAUUGGGCAGGAGUUAUGCAUUUUUUUUUUUUUCAUUCCUGUAAAGUAAGAAGAUGUAUAUAGAGUAAAAAUGGGUAAAUAUGUAUUGAUUUAUAAGACAUCUGUGUUAAAGAUUUUGUCUUGAAUUUAUAAUGUGAUUAAAGGGAAAGUUCACCCAAAAAUGAAAAUUCUCUCAUCAUUUACUCACCCUCAUGUAUGAUUUUCUUUUUUUUUCUUUCUUUUUUUUUUCAGCAGAAGAAAGAUUUUUAGGAGAAUAUCUCAGCUCUGUAGAUCAAUACAAUGCAAGUGAAUGGUGACCAGACAUUUUAAGCUCCAAAAAUCACAUAAAGGCAGCAUAAAGUUAACCCAUAAGACUACAGUGGUUACAUCUAUGUUUUCAGAAGUUAUAUAAUAUGUUUUAUUAUAUUUCAAUAUAAGAAUAUAGUUCAAUAUUUAAGAUUUUUUUAUUUAUUAAUUUUUUUACUACAAAUCUCCACCUUUACAUUCUGAAAGUAAAAGUGGAGAUUUAUAGAGAAAAAGGAUGAAAUAUUGAUCUGUUUCUUACCCGUAGCUCCAGAAGACAUAUAUUAAACCACUAGAGUUGUAUGGAUUACUUUUAUGCUGCCUUUAUGUAAUUUUUUUUUACUUUCGUUGAGAAGACCUAAAGAUCUGAGAUAUUCUUCUAAAAAUCUUUGUUUGUGUUCAGCAGAAGAAAGAAAGUCAUACACAUCUGGGAUAGCAUGAAAGUGAGUAAAUGAUGAGUGAAUUUAGAUUUUUGGGUGAACUAUCCCUUUAAGGUAUUGAUCAGUUGUUUCAUAGUUUGUUUUCUGUUACACCUCCUUCACAAUGUAGCACAAUGAAGGCAGGGAAACAUCCUGGACAGGUGACCAGUCCAUCACAGGGUAAUACACUCAGAUAUACACAUUCACACUCACCUACAGGCAGUUUGCCAUCUCCAGUUAACCUGCAUGUCAGUGGACUGUGGGGGGAAACCAGAGCACCCAGAGGAAACCCACACAAACAAGGGGAGAACAUGCAAACUCCACACAGAAAAGCCCAGUUGAGCUGGGAUUUGAAACUUGGACCUUGUUGCUGUGAGGUGAUAGUGCUACCCACUGAGCCACUGUGCUUAUUUUGUAAAUAUAAUAAUUCCAACAUGAUUUGAAGGCAGCAUAUGGGCCAAUGAUUUUUGAGGAUUCCAAAGUUUUCCAGUUUUUGCGAUGUCCUCUUUAAAUGGAAGUGUCGUUAUGUCAGAGGAUUCAAGUAGAUUAAAUUCUCAUUAGGGAAAUCACAUCUACCAACCGUUUACGGAACUGUCAAAAAUUGCUGAUGCCUCUCCCUCCCUUUAUUUUUAAAGGUGAAAGGUUGGUUUUAAUAUUGGUGUUUUUUGGGUUUUUUUAAUCGGGCAUUGACUGAAAGAGGAUUUUUGGUCUGGCACCAAAAUCUGGGGCAAAAUCCGUGCCCGAGGCAGAUUAUAGUCUUCUCCUGGGUGCACUGUUCCCUACACUCUAACUGUAAGCAGUAGAAUUGGUUUUCUAAGCUUUCUCACCGGUAAUCUUUUCCCACUGCUGUCCCCCCAUAAAUGAACUCUGACAGGACAGAUUUAGCAGGCUUCCACACAUCAUUAUAUAUUUAUAUACGACAGAGUCUGUUUCAAAACAGAGUUGUGGGCCACUAAUCACCCAGCGAUCUCUAACCUCGAAGGAGGAGGUUUUCUGCCUCUGUCUGUUUUCUUUCUCACCAUAUCUCCCACGUUUUUUUUUUUCCAUCUCACACAUUCAUAAUCUGAUUCUCAUCUACUUUUUAGAUGUCUUUCAUACUUUUCAUGUAAUGCUACAACAGGACUUUCCGUCCUGCCUUUGCUGUGAUAAGUCACUUAAAAGGAUAGUUUACCCAAAAAAUGAAAAUUCUGUCAUUAUUUACUCACCCUUAUGUCUUUCCAAACCUGUUUUUUUUUAUUUAUUUUUUUUGCUGUGGAACAUAAAAGGAGAUGUUAGGCAGAAUGUAAGCCACAGUAAACAUUCACUUGUAUUGUAUGGAAAAAUAUGCAAUGAAUGUGAGUGGUGACUAAGACUAACAUUCAGAACAAUAUGAGGGCAAGUAAUUUCAUUUUUGGGUAAACUAUAGCUUUAAUGCAUCAUGCUAAACUGUACUGUCAUUUUUAUUGUUUAGUUAUAAUGCAAAUAAUGUGACAGUUUGUUACAGUUCCAUUGGGGCUGUUAAACUAGCAGAAAAGCUGUAUUUAUAUGUAUGUAACCUUGAGUUACAGAAUGGCUGUAAACUAACGGUACUCUAAGCAACUAUUGCUUAAAAUUUUGCCAUCCACUGAAGCCAAAGACGUAGCAUGCUUGACACCGAGCCUGGCUGCCAUGAAAACGCCGCAGUGGCCUAACCUGUAGCUGUGCAAUCCGAGUGUCCUACAGCGCCAUAUACAGUAGUUGCUGACGCGCACCUGUAUUGUACAUAUGUAAAUACAAUUCCAAUAAAAAUGUG